AAUGGAUGGCAACGAUAAUAUUGUUGGAUCGACUGAUGGCACUAGCAGCAUCCCUAUUGAUUUGACCAAUAAAGAUUUAAAAGCAGUUCAAUCGCAUUUUGUUCACGAUACCUAUGACAUGAUCGCACCGCAUUUUUCUCACACUAGGUACAAUCCCUGGCCUGGUGUGGUAAAAUUUAUAACAGCAUUAGAGCCUUAUUCUCUAGUGUUAGAUGUUGGUUGUGGUAAUGGCAAAUAUCUGGAUUUACGAGACGAUGUUCUUUUUAUUGGGGUUGAUCGGUGUCGAAGAUUACUGGAAUGUGCCAAACAAAAGGCGCAUUCAAAUUUGCUAACAUGUGAUUGUUUGAGCUUACCAUUUCAGUCCAACAUAGCCGAUUUGACUCUUUCAAUAGCAGUUAUCCAUCACUUACCCUACGCAAAGCAGCGGCGUGAUGCAGUAAUAGAGAUGCUCCGUUGUACCAAGAGUCAAGGCACUGUUGUCGUUUAUGUAUGGGCACGUGAGCAACAAAAAUUCACUGUUGGCUAUCGGAAUUUUGAAUCGGGAGAUGUCUUAGUCCCCUGGCACGUUCAGGAGAAGUAUUGCAAGCGUUCAUCGGAAGACACAUCAUUAUCUCCUGCAGCUUCCAAUACGAAGAUUUAUCGCUUUUAUCAUGUAUUUACCCAUGAAGAGGUAAAAGAAUUCGGUGCAUCCUUCAAUGAUAUGGCUACGGUCGCAUCCAUUGAGUUUGAGGCCAAUAACUGGAUUCUUACAUUAAUCAAACUCUAAU